AUGACCUCAGAUGAAUAUGACUUUCUGGUAUCUUUCUUUGCCUGGAUCUCCCUCCUCGACCACACACACACACACACAAUCCCUCUCUCUCUCGCCGCCGCAGCAGCAACAGCAACCUCAGCAGCAACAGCACCAGCAACAGCCCCCAGCAGCAACAGCAGCAUCAGCAGCAACAGCAGCACCAGCAGCACCAGCAGCAGCACCAGCAGCAGCACCAACAGCAGCAGCAACAUCAUCACCACCACCACCACCAGCAGCCACAGCAGCAGCAGCAGCAGCAACCACAGCAACCACAGCAACCUCAGCAGCAGCACCAGCAGCAGCAGCGGCAAGAAGAAGAAGAAGAGGAAGAGGAAGACGAUGACGACGACGGUGGAGGUUGUCUCCCUGACCUUGGCGGCGGUCGGCGUCGUGGGGGUCGGCAUCAGCUGCGUGGCGCUCUUUCGAGCCCGCCAGCGGCGCCUCCACGGCGCCGGCCAAACGGAGAUGGGCAACCUCGCCCAGAAGAUCCGCGGCGCCGGGAACAGCCUGGCUUCGGCAAUUGAGCCGAAGCCGGCUGUUGAAGUGAGGAGGACCUCGGGGGGUCGGGCCCCCAGUAGCCGCGACGAGGAGGAGGGGGGUGUUGAUCUCGGCACCGUGUAG